UUAAUGUCAAUACAAAAAAAAAUUCACAGAAAAUAAGCAUCAUUUUGCUCGAAUAGUUGCUAGGCGAUCCAGAGUCUGCGUGAAAAGUUCUGCAAAUAGAUGAGACAAAGAAAAUUUUCGUGAAAAAUUGAGAUUACUGCGUAUUUAACAUGUUAGAAGGUUGGUAUUGUCGCGCUACAAAGGCAGCUGAGGACGAAAUGGGCACAAACCCCUCGAUGGAUAACAAUCACGGAUCUGAAAACUACAAAGCAAAGUACAGGGAAUUAAAGAAAAAGUUAAAAUACUUACUUUACGAAAAUGAAUAUUUCAAGGAAUCUCUGAAGGCAAGUCAACAACAACUGCUGAAAGUGAGCCGAGAUCGUUCCUAUUUGCUCGAUCGCUUGCUAAAAUAUGAGAAUCCCGAAAGUGAGUUGAGUGACGAUGACAGCGAUACAUCGGUUGAAGAGCCAAUUCCGCCGCCGCAGACAAAUAUGGGCAAGAAACGCAAAACAGUUGACGGACAAAACAUUCCAACGAACAAACGACCUGACGGGCAACCCAAACGGAAGUACACGAAACACAAGCAACUUGCGGCGCAACAGCAGCAGCAACAACUACCGCAACCAAUACCGCCACAGCAUCAUCUGCCGAUGCCUCAACCGACUUUGGUGUCGGCAAAUUCGUCGCUGAUGUCGAAUAAUCAUCAUACAAAUCCAAUUUUGCAAGAUCUCAAUUUGAACACGGAAGACGUACAACGACACCUUGAACUGAAACAAUUUGACACCUUGGAUAACGUAACAAUGUCUGUACCUCAGGAAAUGUUCAGCAGCGAGUCUUCCAAUAUGGAGGAGAACGAAUGUUUGAGCAUGGGUCACGAAACCGUCGAAACUUACAUGGAAAAUUAACUAUGGUUUUAAUUAUUUUCGUAGGUAAGGUGAAUAUUUAAAGAACAAAAAAAAAUAAAGUACUUUUUAUCAAACAAGAAGAGGCUUCUUCUUCUUUAUUUU